GCAUAAGCUAGCUAAUGACUAAGCCUUCAUAAAGAAAAUUGUCAUUUUAAGUGUAAUUUUAGUGUUUUCUUAAUAAAUGAACAACACACCUGAGUUCUGAGUGGAGCUGCAGGUUCAAACAUUUGGACUUAAACCUGCUGCGCAAAAGCUGGACUUUAAUCUGAGUAUUGCAGGACAGAGAGGUGUGUAGAGAAGAGUGUGAUCUGUUCCUCAAUCAAAGGCUCGUCUGGUCGUCUGGUUCGGAGGUUUGGCCAGACCACACACACACACACACACACACACACACACAUUCUGGAGUGUGGGACUGUUUUUUGCCCAGAGGAAAGUGUGUACUGGGUGUGUUAGCGAUGAUCUGGAGGAGGUGUGUGUUAUGCGCUCUUCUGCUUUGUUGCGCUCUUGUCUUCGGAACCGAGCCUGAACACCAUCAGGAAGAACAACACACAGGCCAGAAGAAUAAAGGAAGAGACAGGAAGGGAAGCACAGAGGCAAUGUGUCCGGAUCAGUGCAGCUGCAUGGCCGAGGAAGUUGUCGACUGCGCCGGGGUUAAUUUAUCCGAGUUCCCACAAGAGCUACCGGAAAACACACGCCAGCUCUCACUGCAGAAUAAUCAGAUCUCGGAGAUCAGAGCGGAGGAUCUCACACGACUCCUUCAUCUGGAGACGCUCAACCUGCAGAACAAUCGGCUCACCACGCAGGGACUUGAAGAUGAUGGGUUUGAAGCUCUGGAGCAACUCAGUUACUUAUACUUGGCGAAUAACAAGCUCACGGCAGCACCCAGAUAUCUUCCGCCAACGCUGAUUAGCGCCGACUUCGCUGCAAACCAGCUCACCACGAUCUACCCCUACACGUUUGGCGAGAAACCGGGACUGAAGUCAGUGUACCUCCACAACAACAAGCUGUCCGACGCAAGUUUACCAGAGGGAAUGUUCAACGGUUCGGACAACUUGGAGGUGUUAAUCCUCUCCAGCAACUUCCUGCGCUACGUCCCUAAAGGCCUGCCAAAAGCACUCUUCCGUCUUCAUUUGAAGAAUAACAAACUGGAGAAGAUUCCUUCUGGUGCGUUCGAGAACCUGCCCCAUCUGAGGGAACUGUACCUGCAGAACAACCUCCUGAGCAACAGUGGCAUGGAGAACACCACAUUCAGUCAUCUGAGCAGGCUGGAGUACCUGGACCUGUCCAACAACAACCUGAGCGCAGUACCCCUAGGUCUCCCUCGGACCCUGAUGCUGCUCCACCUGGAGAAGAACUACAUUACGUCCGUCAAGGUCGAUUCACUCAGCGCUGUGAAGGAUCUUCAGUACCUGCUGCUUCACCACAACCGGCUUCGUGCUCGCCACAUCCACCGCGACGCCUUCCGCGGCCUCAAGCGCCUCCACACACUCCACCUGCACCACAACCUGCUGGAGCGAAUCCCUCUGGGACUGCCGCGCCGCGCCCACACUCUAGUGCUGCUCCGAAACUUCAUCAAUGAGAUCGGACGUGACGAUCUCAGCACUCUUUACACACUCAACGAGCUCAACCUGAGCUACAACCGCUUGACGAGUGAACGCCUCCAUCGCCACGCCUUCAGGAAACUGCGAGUGCUGGAAGUCCUGGAUCUGUCCGGGAACAAGCUGAGCAUGCUGCCACUCGGGCUUCCGAAGAGCCUUCACGUCCUCCGGGCAAAGGAUAAUCAGAUCGCCGAGCUGCCAGAGGGGGCGCUGACGGGCAUGAGCAAGCUGGCGGAGCUCCAUCUUUCUAAUAACCAGAUCAAACUGGGCUCCAUCUACCAGGGGGCGUGGCAGGAGCUUGGCUCUCUCACGACUCUGGAUCUGUCAACUAAUCUGCUGUCUCAUGUCCCUGCUGAUCUUCCUGAGUCUCUGGAGUUCCUACAUCUGCAGAACAACAGGAUCAGCAGCAUCUCUGCCACGGACUUCAUCAGUACCCCCAACAUCAAGAGCAUCUUCCUGAGGUUUAACCGUCUCUCCGCUCUCUCCGUGGCCGAGGACUCCUUCUCUCACCUGUCCAAGCUGCAGGUGUUGGACAUCGGACACGGAAGCGCCACACCCCGCCGUAACCAUGGAGAGGACCCAGAAGAAGACUAUACAGAAAACGAGGAAGAAGAGGUGCAACCGAAAAUAACGAUAAACUGAAGAGAGCAUUAUACAGAGAAUAAUCUAAUGAGUUAUACUAUAUAGAGUGUAGAUGAUGCAGGUCAUGUGACUCUGAGCAUUACUGAUGAUGUAAUUAAUGACUAAGUAAUAUUGAUGAUGAUGAUGAUGAUGAUGCAGGUCAUGUGACUCUGAGCAUUACUGAUGAUAUAAUAAGAGUGGAGAUGAUGUGAGUCUGAGCAGCUCGGCUUUUAUAAAUAUGUAAAUUUUUUUAUCUUUAGGCUACAUUUGCACAUCAUUUAUAAUGUGUGUGUUUGUGUGUGUGUGUGUGUUUGUGUGUAGGAAGUCCAUUAACCUCGGACUCCUUUAUCUCAGAAACCACUUUAAUGUCCGCUCUGAUAUGUCACUUGCCUCAAGGCAGCAUGGGAAAACGAUACAAGCGCUCUAAAGGAAUUAUCCAUGACGGAUUAUUGUUAUUUUAUCUCUUUAACUUUUUCUUCUGGAGCAGAUAGAGUUCUGUUGGAUCUUUGCCUUUUUUAUAAUUGAAAACAAAAGUAUGGAAAGAGCAGCCGGUGAGUCGUGUGGUGCCGACGACAAACACUUCACCCUGAGAUAUUUUCCACAAAAAAAAAACUUUUGAAAAAACUUAUUUCAGUCACUAAUGUGCAGGUAUCCUGAGAUCUGAAAAAUAAGAAAAUGAUCAUUUAAUUCUACUUACUAAAUUCCACAGAUUUCAAUCUGGUAUUUAUUAUCAUUAGAAAUAUACUGUGUCUCUUUAACUCCUGGAACUCAGAGUUAUUUUACUCUUUUUAUUUUACACAGAUAUUCAGUCCCUCCAGGAUUUUGCGAUCGCGGAGAUUAACGCAAAAUCGAGGAAACUCCGCAUUAUUCAGAGGCACAUGCAAUUUUUCAAAAUUACCGCAGAUUUUCCGCAGAUUCGAGGUGAGACGCGUUGUGAUGAUGUCACGUUCAGCCAAAGCACUCUUUGAUUCACGCGCGCCGAACACGAGUACAGCUAAAAGCUCUCGUUUACCAACAAACAUCACUGAGAUAGACUACGCAAAACUAUUUCUAACUAUUUAUAAUUUAAAACUAUUUUAAUUGUGAUCUCGCCGAUUCAAAGCACAAAAAAAUCUUUUAAAAAAGCUGCAGAAAAAUUUUGUGUUUUUUGGCCGCAACGAUGACGAAAAAAACGUUGUGAAAUCCUGUACGGACCGGAUAAUCGAAUUAUACAUCACCUGCAUUUAGUGCCAAAAAGAUAUCAAUCUGACUGAAAUUUUUGUCAGCUUCAAAAAAUUCCUUCAAAAAUGUCAACACAUUAAAAUAAAUUUUUUUAAAAAAAGUGUAAUAUUCAGGGGUUUUUUUUUUCAUUGUAAAUCAUGAAUUUUUACACUAACUCAACGUUGAAAACAAGACUUUUUUCUUUUUUUUUUUAUCAAUGCAGGGAUGAGGAUUUGUCAGGUUAGUGUUUUUUUCUUUAAACUAGCUACUAAAUGCUGCUCGGUAAGUCACAGGACAGGCCGCGUGCGUUAAUCCGUACGCUAGCACUAAUGAGAAGAUUUGAGAAAAGUUGAGACAACAAACACUUUACAUUAUGUUUAAUAUUUAAUGUUUGAAUGUUUUUAAUAAAGAGAAGAAGGUGAAAAAUCUUUUUUCUGUUAGCAAGAAAUUCUGAUUAGCAACAUUUGAUGUUCCCCCAGCCCCCCUCAAACACACACACACACACACAAACACACCGCUAUGUGUCUAUCUCUGGUGCAGGACACCAGGAAUCCGUACUUCUUUUUUUCCACGCUUGUUUUAUUGGGUUGUAUUUUAUCAUUCACACCCGAUACACAGGAGAUGGCUUCCAUUUUUUCGUAAGGAGAAUCUCAUUCAAGGCGUGACGAGAUCGAGUUUAAUGACGGAUCCACCCUGAGGGACGUUGGUACCACCUUCUUGCUGUUUCCACUCACACAGGCCAGAACCAGGUCUUCGCCUUUGGAACCGAAAAGCAGUAAAACAGCGAGCACGAGAGGGUUUAAAGUCGGGGCGUUUGGCUUUGGUCAAAAGUGGUUCCAAGAAAGAAAAAAAGGGUUUCGACUCGGACGCUUUACAGAAAUCAGCAGCAGGUCUCCAGAUUUCCUGUGCCUUCAUGUCCGUGGAGACAUGACUCAAAACAUUUGGUUGGAGGCUUCUGAUCUGAGACACAGAUGGAGAGAAACCGGCUCACAUAAAGAAGUGUUAUUUCUUUCUUUCUUUGACUUUUUCUGUAUGUUAUUCUUUACAGCGGAUGAGCACACUAACGAGAAGUGUAACGACCCCCUUCUGUAUACCCCUGCAGCCCCUACCACAGUAACAGACCAGUAGAACAUCCUUUAUGACAAUCUGGUGGCUAGUCACCUAGCUAACAAUAAACAACAACUGACAUGCUAACAUACCGGGAAACUGAUUUAACUAAGAACAGACAGGUUUGCCUUCAAUACAGUAGACAGUAGCUAGCAAGCGGUCAUAUCUAGCUCAACUGACUAAUGAUCUAACAUUAGCUUUCUCUCUGUACUAAUACUAACCUCUGUAGCAACUAACACGAACGCUU